GUCUCUACUCCUGAUUUUAAUUUUCAGUAUUAGUACUAACAGCAGUUCCUUUAAGACAAAAUUCUAAAACUAUUUUUUUUAUAGAUAACAUGGCUCAGUUUAAGAAGGAAUGGGAUAAUCAUAGGAAGCCGCUAGAACAUGCGAUAGCACUGGCAGUUAAAGAAACCGUUGGCUUUGGUGGGAUGAACGUUUAUAUCAGGAAAGUUAAGCGACCACUAGCAUCAGGAUAUAUACACAAUGAUAAUCAAGUAAGAGUAAUUUUAACGAACCUGCAUUUGGAAGAUGGACCUAAAUGCUACAUGCCUGAGGUCCAGUUCUCCUUAACUUCCCAUGUUCUGAAACUGCAGGCGAUUCUCAGUAAAAUGAUAAUACAUGCUGAUUACUCGCUGAUUCGAAACAAGACGGGCAUUGUGUUUGAGACUAAUGACCAGAAUUCGUCAACGACAUCGCCAUUCCUGUUUCAACAAGUUCGAGAUUCAGGGAAAAUUGCUAUCACGAUGGAUGAAUGUCUCCUAACAGGUUAUAUAAUGACGACAUUAAGUGGAGAAUCAAUUGAUUUGGGAUACCAUCACUUCAGGAUAAUUAAUUGUCAGUACACGGUCGAGAUUUUCCGAGAAGGCUCCGGCUCACCUCCAGUCAUCGCGAAGUAUUCUUUUGAUAACCUAGGACAAGGUAUUCAAAGUUUGUCGCUGAGUAAUCUACUACUGAGGCCGAUAAACGACGAACUGGUCCCGAAGCUGCAGGCCGCCAUGUUUAGUUUCUGCAACACCUCGUCCAUAUUCACCCGUUUCCUUGCCGGGUUUAUGUGAGUUCCUACCCCAUAAUGAAGUUAAUAAACAAUUAAUUUGACAAAAGAAAUGUU